AAUGCGGAAGCUCUGUGUUAGCGGAUACUAAACAGACAACAUCUCGCUGUAAUCUCCUCUCAGAGCUUGUUUUAAGAAAUAGAAACACCCUUGCAUUAGUUCUGGUCUAAUAUAUAUAGAUAUAUAUAAACUUGGCAGUUUGUGAUUGUUGCGGAUUAUGGCUGCCGUGUCUUUGGCGCUUGUGUAGCCGAGCUGCAUUGAAACACUGAAAACAAACUGUUCGUUAAGCUCCUCAGCAACUGAAGAUGCCAGCCCGGAACAUUUUGUCCAACGGCACUCCUGACAGCAAAGUCAGGUACUCCAGGUUAGCCACCGAUGAUGAUGGCUACAUUGAUUUACAGUUCAAAAGGAGCCCACCCAAAGUCCCAUACAAAGCCAUAGCCCUGGCCACAGUCCUCUUCUUAAUCGGCUCUCUGUUAAUCAUCAUUGGCGCCCUUCUCCUGGCUGGAUACUUUGGAGUCACUCACUCAGACCGAACCGUGCCUGUCCUCAUCAUAGGGAUCCUUGUCUUCCUGCCUGGAAUUUACCAUCUACGAAUAGCUUACUAUGCAUCAAAGGGCUACCAUGGCUAUUCCUAUGAUGAUAUCCCAGACUUUGAUGACUGACAAACAGCACAGCUUCAGCCACACUCUCUCUGCUCUCACAUACACUUAUAUUAUUCUGCUUGUGUUCAUUUAAAUGCACUGAUAAACUCAAAGAAAAUAAGGUUAAAUAGAUUCUGUUAAUUACCAUUGGAAGGAUUUUGACGUUAUUGUCAUAGGGUUGAUGCCAGACUGCUGUUAUGAAGCCAAACCAGUAUGAGACAUUGUUCAAUUUGUAUAUUUGUUAUAUUAGCUCGAUAAAUUAAAUUAAAACUGAAAUUUGAUGAUUCUCUUUUAUUUGUAUAA